AUGUCUGCCCAACUGGUGACUGAACAGCAGAAGGAACUGGACCUCCUUCUCAUUCGCGAGCUGGUCGAAAAGGUUGCCGAGUUCCGCCGCGAAGGAAAAGCUGGACGAGCCCAGUACGAGCUACACCGCCGUCGCCUUCGACAGUACUACGCAGACCUAGGCAACCAAGCGGCCAAGGAAGAUGAUGGCGGCGAAAGCUCGCGCCAGGCCGACACCAACACUCCAAGACGAUGCGCACACUGCAAAGACCUACGAAUCAGCAGCCAUUGCCUGAAGAAUGGUGGAUGUCCUGUCGACGAUGGCAAGCGACCUGCAUAA